UUAAUGCAAAAAUGUCAAUCAAAGGAAAUGAGAAAGUUGGGAAAGUACUACAUUGCUUCAUCCUAUGUGAAGUAUAUAGAGUCCGCUGGUGCAAGAGUCGUGCCCAUAAGGCUUGAUCUUACACAUAUAGAGUAUGCAGAAAUUUUCAGAUCUAUUAAUGGAAUACUUUUUCCUGGAGGAGGUGUUAGCAUAGUACAUUCAGAUUAUUCCCACGUGGCCAAAAUAUUUUACAACAAAGCCAUAGAGAGUUAUGAUAAUGGAGACUAUUUUCCUGUGUGGGGAACAUGUCUUGGAUUUGAGGAGCUUUCGUUUCUGGUUAGUGGAAAGAACUUACUAACACUCACAGACACUGUCUCAGUGCCAUUGCCCUUGAAUUUCACUGCAGGUGUAUUACAGGGCAGAAUGUUCCAGAAUUUUCCUGCUGACUUAUUGAUGUCAUUAGCAUUAGAACCUCUGACUGCAAAUUUUCACAAGUGGAGCCUCUCUGUGAAGAACUUUACAGAAAAUGAAAACUUAACAAAGUUUUUCAAUAUAUUAACAACAAACACAGAUGGCAGUAUUGAGUUCAUCUCAACCAUGGAAGGACGUAAGUAUCCAGUAUAUGCUGUGCAGUGGCAUCCUGAGAAAGCCCCGUAUGAGUGGAAGUCAUUGAACGGCAUUUCCCAUGCACCAAAUGCUGUGAAGACUGCAUUUUACUUAGCAGAGUUUUUUGUUUCUGAAGCUCGGAAAAAUGAUCACCACUUUGAGAACGUAUUUGAGGAGAUGGAAUCCUUGAUUUAUCAGACCUAUCCACUUUAUACUGGAAAUAUUUCUUCAUUUCAGCAAUGUUACAUGUUUGACUGAAAGUCUUCAAUAUGGCAACAGAGCAACUUUGCGUAAUUCUAUGGCUUGCUAACACUGCUCAUGGCAAUAUGAGAAAGCCACACAGAUGCCUUUGCUGUGUGCCUCAUUCUGAUUCUUCACUUAGUACAUGAUUAUUUUUAUCAGAUUUGAUAACUUGACAGUGAAAAAGAUAAACAAUCAUAGUGUUUUUCAUGAAAAAAGUCUUCUUAUGCCUAAAGAUUAUUAAAAUAU